AUGAUCACUUGGUUAUCUUUUCGAGUAAUGUUUUCACUGUAUAUUCUGUUAUCUUUUACAUGGCAUUCAUGUUUUUGUGCAACUAUUAAACCAAUUGUUAGCCCAAAAAAUAAUGAAACACGAGCUCGAUUGAAAAUUGAACUAAAAAACUGUGGAUUAAAUCAAAUCAAAGAUAUCUCAUCCAGAUUGAGGAUAAUUGGAGGCCGUGAAGCAAUUAAGGGUACUUGGCCUUGGCAGGUAGCUUUAAUUAACCACUAUCGGGAACCAUUUUGCGGUGGAACACUAAUUACACCACAAUUUGUCUUAACUGCAGCUCAUUGUGUUCGUCGAAAGUUAUAUGUUCGUGCUGGUGAACAUGACCUAAUGACCAAUGAAGGAACUGAGCAAGAAAUUAAAGUUGAUCAUGUCUUCAUACACCCAUCCUUUGAUAGAGAAACUGUCGAUUCUGAUAUUGCUUUAUUACAUUUGAAAGCUCCAUUUAAAUUGGGAAAAUAUGUUGCCACAGCUUGCCUUCCAUCUCGUAAAGAUGAAAUUGAAAUUGACUCUUUGGGAACAAUAUUAGGAUGGGGAAAGCAAAAAAACUCAGCCAUGUUUGGUACUGAUGUGCUUCAUCAAGCUCGCGUUCCCAUUGCCAAUAUAAGUGACUGUCGGAAUGUUUAUGAAGACUAUUUCAUCUCUAACAAUAUGCUUUGUGCUGGUUUUCGAAGUGGCAGAGUUGACUCAUGUGCUGGUGACUCAGGUGGACCACUUUUAUUUCAAAAAAGAUCUCGUUGGGUUAUUUAUGGUAUCACAAGUUUUGGUGAAGGAUGUGGAAGAAAAGAAAAGUACGGAAUUUAUGCUAAAGUGCCUAAUUUUGUAAAAUGGAUCAGACGUGUAAUCCAUCGACAUAGCUGAUAAUAUCAUCGUCAUUAGGUGACAAUUUACAAAAACUAUAUAAUUACCGGUGUUAGUAAUCCUUGGAUUAAUUAGAGAUUGGUUUUCCUGUUAUAAUAAUUUUCAUUGACAAUAAUCUUCAAAAUCGAUGGCAGUUAUCAUCCUAGUCAAUCCCUUUAUUUCCUCUGGAAUAAUCAACAAAACAGUUAUGGGACAAAUAUCCGAUAUUUGGCCGGUAACGUGCUUUCUAAACUGUAUAAUGCAGACAAACCAGCUUGUAACAAAUGUAACCUCGAGUGUUACCAUGAAUUAGCUACCAAAGAUUGGUCUUACGUUAAAAAUGAAUAUAUCUCCUGUGUUGUUGACAAUAUCAGACAAAGUUACUCAUCAAGUAAGUGUUUUAAAACACUCCCAAACUAUACCAGUCGACCGUAUUGUGGAAAUGGUAUUGUUGAACAUGAAGAAGAGUGUGAUUGUCUAAUCAAAGUGCCUAAAAACUGUGAAUUGAACAACUGUAAGCUUUUUGGGUGCACAAAAACCAUUGCAAAACCCAAGGCAUCAGACGAUUUACAUCUUAUAUUUGCCGCAGCAACACUAUUUUUGGUCGUCGCCAGUGUUUUCAUUUCUAUGUUUUGUGCCUUGAAACCAAAAUCUAAAUCGAAAAAAGUAACAGGAAAAUUGGCUGAAAAAUCAACAGAAUAUCCACCUGGGAUUCACUCAGAUAAUCUUGGUUUAUAUUAUGCUUCAUCAGAUGUAGGAAAGAAAAAUGUAAAGGCCCAAAUGGUUUCAAGUUCCCUGUCAUUAGUAUCAGUAAUUGUCAGUGACAAACCGAAAUCUAAAAUAAAAAGCAGUAUUCUAUUGAAGUCCAAGUCGAAUAUCGGUCUUAAUCUUAAGAGUAAAUCACAAAGCCAAAUCAGAAAAUCAAAAACCAAACUAAAAAGAGAUAAAGAAUCAAAAACUAAGCUAACAAAAACUGCAACAUCGAAGACUCAGCUACCAAAAACGGGGCCAUCAAAGACUCAGCUAUUAAAAGCUGAACCAAUGAAGACUCAAACAUCAAAGACUCAGCUAUCCAAAACUCAAAUGCCAAAAACUGACCUAUCAAAGACUCAACCAUCAAAAACUAAACUACCAGAAGUCAAAACAAAUAAACAAAAAUAAAAUAAUUUUGUUGCCGAUGUUUAUAAUCAUUAC